CAUUAUUUUUAACGUCGGUUUCAAGCCAAGAGUUUGCGAGAGAGAGAGAGAGAGAGACACAGAGAGACAGAGAGACAGACUGCACAACCAUGAGAAAAUACACUGAGCUGCUGUUGCUGAACUUCCCCUCCUACCUGUUCUAUAACCUGCUGGAGGAUAUCGGGGCUCUGGCCAACGCCUACGUUGGGGAACUCCAGCACAGGCUCUUCAGCGGAGAUUACCAGCUCUUCAAACACGCUCCAGUCUUCGAAAGCAACUUCAUCCAGAUCACUAAGAAAGGACAUGUCAGUAACAUCCAUCACCGAGUUACAAUGGUGACGAUUGGGAUCACCUCCACAGACCCCACGCUCUACCUCCCCGAUGUUUUGCUGAUCGCUAAACCCAGCGAACUGCAGAUGCAGCUGCAACUCCAGAUGUUCAAGAGGAAAAUGAUGGAGCCCUUAAAUUCCAGCAACUGGGUCUCUGCUGACAACUACGCUCCCUUAGAGCUGCUCAGGCUCUUCCCUCUCAAACUGACUAAGAUUUCCAUCUAUGACGAGAAGAAACACAGGCUGCGACUGAAGUUGGCCACACACCAGUCCUUCUACCUCCAGCUCAUCGAUGCCUGCCCUAAGUUUGAGGAGCGUAUGUUCCAGCAGUGGGUCAAACUGCUCCAUCGUAUCUACACCUAGCGAGCGGAGGGUGUGUGUGUGUGUGUGUGCGCGCGGGUGUUUGUGUGUGUGUACGUCAUACAGUGUCUCCAGAGGCUGGGAAACCAAUACAGACAGUUAUCACAAAUCGUGCGCUUGACUGAAUCAAGCGAGUGUCAUCCCAACACAUUGCCUUCCCGAAUCAAUGUCUCUCUUCGCUGCUGUGCACACACAGAAACACCCACACACUCACUCACACUAC